GUGCCCCAAACAGCAUGAAGCAGUUACAGAAGAAAGACUGUCAGUCCCUCUACCUCCUGUAAAUAUUUGAUAUUAAGUCUCUCAAGGGGGAAUGAGGCAGGAGAAUAGGAUCUGGAGACAGGGAGCCUUCACUUUAGCCUCUGAUUGGUCGCAGGCCAAAUCUUCAUUUGCAUAGGGUGUAAUUUCACUUCAGCCUCCAACUGGUCACAGGCCACGUCUUCAUUUACAAAGGGUGUAACCAAUAGGAAACCUCUAAAGGGUACUUAAACCCAAGAAGAUUUUGCAACUGGGGUGCUUGAGUCUCUUGCCCAAGCCUGCUUCUGCUCUGUGGAAUGUACUUUCACUUCAAUAAAUCUAUGCUUUCGUUGCUUCAUUCAUUUGUUGCUUUGCUUGUGCAUUUUGUUCCAUUCUCUGUUCAAUACGCCAAGAACCUGGACAACUUGUAGUCAAGACCCUCCACUGGUAACACCCUGAGCACGGUAUUUGUGAUGACAUCAAGGAAGAACACACUGUGGAAUUAGACACUGGCUCCCCAAGUGAGGAAUUGAGCAGUGCUAGAGAGGUAAAGAAACAGACAAUCUUACAGAAGGAAGAAGAGAGGAUUCAGCCAACUAAAACCCCUUCAUCUUCUCAAGAACCCCCAAUGAAGGAAACUUGGGGGGAGAUGAGGGCAAAGGAUCACCAAAUAAUGCUUCAUCCUCCAUGAAUCCUGAAGUGAGGCUUAGUAGCCCCCAGGGAAGCCCAAAGACUCAUCCAGUGUUGAUGGUCAGUCAGUGGGGACCCCAGUUGGGCCAGAAACUGGAGGAGAGAAAGAUACGCCAGAAAAAGAGGAAGAAGAGGACUUUGAUGACCUCACCCAAAAUGAGGAAGAUGAAAUGUCAUCAGCUUCUGAGGAAUCUGUACUUUCUGUCCCAGAACUCCAGGAAACAAUGGAGAAACUGACUUGGCUGGCAUCUGAAAGGCGCAUGAGUCAGGAGGGUGAGUCUGAAGAAGAGAAUUCUCAGGAGGAGAACUCUGAGCCGGAAGAAGAGGAGGAAGAAGAAGCAGAAGGAAUGGAAAGCCUGGAGAAAGAGGAUGAAAUGACGGAUGAAGCAGUUGGAGACUCUGCUGAGAAGCCUCCUUCUACUUUUGCCUCACCUGAGACUGCUCCAGAAGUGGAGACCAGCAGAACUCCACCAGCCUGUGAAGCCACGAACCCUUCAAUCAAGAAAAGACCUUUGAUCAGGAGAAGACUUCUCGCCUCAUUUCUGGGGACACAUUCAGGAUUUCUCCAAAGCAAAUAGAAUCCAUGAAACUGCAAAUGAUUCUACAAAUGGAGCCCCAAAUGACCACCACUAGCACCUGCUAUCGAGGACCCCUAGACCCACCCACCAAUCUGUUCUUGCACCAUGACACUGAAGACUCCCCUCCUGAGGAAGGCUCAACUGCAGAGCCCCUUCUACACCCCAGUUCAGCAGGAAGUAGCUAGAAUGAUUGUUGCCCAACUUCCCAACAGCACUUGGGCUUUCCUUUUGAGAGGAGGGACUGAGGGACUAAGUGGCUAAGUUGGCUGGACUUCCUGGGUCAAUAGGGACUUCCCUAAGGGAAGUUUCCCCUAAGCCAAAAUGAGUUAUAGCUGCAAACUAAGGGAUUGAACCUUCAACCAAUCAUAUAGGGAGUUUAAGCUCUAGCCGCAGCCUGAUGUUUUUAACCAAUCACGCCCACCUACCCACCAAGUGGAUAGAAAAUAAGCUAAUUCUAUAGGACAGAAAAAGAAAAAGGGGAGGGGUCAUAAGGGGAUAUAAGUAUAAGACACCCAAGCCAAAAAUGGCAGCCCUUUCAGGUCCCCUUCCACCAUGUGGAAACUUUACUUUCACUUUAAUAAAUCUUGCCACUGCCAAAAAAAAAAAAAAAAAAAAGAUUAAAUAGAAUUGUCUAUAGGAUUUCAUUAAAAUUGGGGUUAACAUUAAUAGACUUAUGCAAGGGUAAAAUUUGGCUUUCUCUCUUGAACAGGAUUUUUAUGUAAUAGUAAAGGCUAAUCAAAGCAUUUUGCUUUUUCAAAUUUUUGAGUCAUCCUUUUGGCAAAACAAAUGACUUAUGGUAAUCUCAAAUUCUAUUUCAUAAUAUCAAGAGUUUUUUUUUUAACUGAAA